AAAUAAAAAAACAUAAAAUUGGCUUCCCAAACACUCCCAUAAUAAUAUAUUUAAAUCAAAAGCCACCGAUCAUCUAUGACGUCUCGUGGAUGACUUGUUUGGAUCAAAACCGUUAACUCCCAAAUCCAUUGCACGUUGAGGACAACGCACAGAGAUGUUGAUGAACUACCUCUUGAAAUUCACCAGCACCGUCUAACUCUUUCUUCACAUAAUGCAUUACGUCAAACCAAAUUCAAUUCCACCAUAAACAAGCCACCCUAGCUAGUUUCUAGCACCACCUUCUCUUCUUAGCCACUCUCGAGAUGAAGAUAUAUAAAUAUAUACGUGUCACUGAGGUACAACUAUUAGAAGAGACUCUCAAUCAGCCAUGGCUAUGGAGGCUUUUGCAUUUUUCUUUUUCAUCAUCAUCAAUUUCAGCUUGUUUGGAAAUGGUGAUGAUAGUAAUGGUUUAGGUUUAGGUGCUUCAUUUUUAUUUGGAGAUUCUUUGGUUGAUGCUGGGAAUAACAAUUAUCUACCAACUUUGUCAAAAGCUAAUAUCCCACCAAAUGGGAUUGAUUUUCAGCCUUCUGGUGGUAAUCCCACCGGUCGGUUCACCAACGGGAGAACCAUCGGAGACAUUAUUGGAGAGGAACUGGGACAACCACACUAUGCAGUGCCAUUUCUGGCUCCAAAUGCCACAGGAAAUGCUAUAUUAUAUGGGGUGAAUUAUGCAUCUGGCGGCUCUGGGAUUAUGAAUGCCACUGGUAGAAUAUUUGUAAAUAGGCUAUCACUGGACAUCCAGGUUGAUUAUUUCAACAUUACUAGAAAACAGAUCGACCAAUUGUUGGGUGCAUCGCAGGCAAGAGACUAUGUUAUGAACAAAUCCCUUUUCUCAGUGACAAUUGGAUCAAACGAUUUCCUUAACAAUUAUCUACUACCAGUCCUCUCAAUUGGGGCUAGGGUUUCCGAAAGCCCAGAUGCUUUCGUCGACGAUCUCAUCAACCAUCUCAGAGGCCAACUUACGCGGCUUUAUCAACUAGAUGCAAGGAGGUUCGUAGUGGCAAAUGUUGGACCAAUUGGAUGCAUUCCGUAUCAGAAAACAAUCAACCAGCUAAGUGAAGAUGAGUGUGUGGCGUUGCCAAACCAAAUGGCACUUCAGUACAACUCCCGAUUGAAGGAUCUAGUAACCGAGCUCAACCAAAACCUUCCUGGCGCCAAAUUUGUACUUGCAAAUGUGUACGAUCUUGUGAUGGAACUCGUUACAAACUAUGCCCAGUAUGGAUUUAGCACUGCAAGUACAGCAUGUUGUGGAAAUGGAGGCCAGUUUGCUGGGAUAAUUCCAUGUGGACCAACUUCCAGUUUGUGCUCGGACCGCGACAAACAUGUCUUCUGGGAUCCUUACCACCCUAGUCAGGCUGCCAAUGUCCACAUUGCCAAGCAACUGCUCGUCGGAGACCCCAAAUACGUGUUUCCGAUCACCCUUCAACAACUUAUUGAUCACUAGAUUUUUAAUUUUCAUAGAAAGUUAUAUGCUUUUUUCUAUUGUUAUUAGUUUUUAUUAAACAACAAUGGAUGUUAUAUGCUUGUUUGGUCCUUCUUUGGAGAAUUUCUAUUUUACUUUCUUGUCUUUCAUGUUUGUAACAUGUUCUUUUCUUUU